AUUCUAUGCUUGGAUCUCGCGGCGAAAACAUGUCAGAAGUUUACGGAGAGACGAAACAAGCGUCAGAAAGCUUUCUUCAGAUGUCAGAGAUGCCUCAAGUGUCCUUUUUGACCUUGGACGGCAAGUACCACGUCUGUGGACAGGAUGCUGUGUACUACACAGAUGAUAACGGUACAGAACGGUUUGUAGAGGGCGGGACAGUCGACCUGUGCCUGACAGAGGACGAGUGGGGUUGCGUCAUGCCGAUAGACGAUGGGUACGGGCCGGAUUUCAUCUUGAAGAAAUAUCUCGAAUGCCCCUGUGAAGUUUAUGAGGAGAUAGAACAAGAUGUUCAAGAAUGUGAGGAGAAAGUGUGCGUCCAAGAUCACGACGACAUGGAGGCGGGAAAGUGGAAUUUCCCAUGGUUUAGUGCUUGGAGCGUUGAAGAGUUCCUGGAUGAGAUGGAAAAUCUCCAGAAACCAAAGGAGGUAAACAACAUUAACAGCAUCAAGGCAACCAGCCACACGUCUCAGAAUGACGGAGAAGUGUCCAAGAAGUUUGAGAAGGAUCAGCCCCACAACCAACCACAUGUGGAGAGACAGAGGAUGUGGGAAGACGGCAUGACUAUCUACAUGUCGGAGAGUGAUCUGGAUGAACAGCUUCUGGGACAUGCAGAGGGUUUCUUGAGUCAGAACUUGUGGGAAGACGGCAUGACUAUCUACAUGUCAGAGAGUGAUCUGGACCAACAACUGCAGCUGUUAGGACAGACUGAGAGUUCAUUGAGUGAGAACUUGUGGGAAGAUGGCAUGACCAUUUACAUGUCGGAGAGUGAUCUUGAUGAACAACUGCAGCUUCUGGGGCAUGAUGAGGCUCCCAUACUGUAUGAGAGUGAGAAUAUCUACCAUCCAGUCACAAAGAAAGCUACCAGACUGUCCAGGUACGACCUACAUCACGGGCCAGAUCACGACGCUCGCUCACCAAGUCGUCCUCUGAUUGGUAGUUGUGGUGACAGCAAGGGAAGGAUCGUUUUGGAUUGGUGUUUGUUGGAAACAUCAUUGCUUGUAUACACCACAGCUGGUGCAGGGCACCAGAGGAAAGAAGUUCACAAGACAACCCGAAAGAGAAGACUGCAGCAGACAUCUAUGUACAUUAAGCAGCCGUUCAGUGGUGUGGUUUUUGAGAAAGUUUGUUUCCCCUACAUCUGCUGCUCCUGUUGGCUUCUUCUCAUGGGUUUACCAAGUCUUUUUAUCCUUGUGUUUGGGUUACAAAAGUUUGGUAAGUGUGUGGGAAAAAGCCGACAGGGGCAGCAACGCUGGCAACCUCCCACAUGACAGAAAACAGGUCCUACAUCAUCCUAGUUAGGCAUUGCAAGAUGGAGGACAUGUUUUCUGUUGUGUUGGAGGUUGCCAUGGUUACUGACAACCAGACUAUGGUUGCCAGGUAACGAAGUAGCUGCCCCUUUUUGUGUGCACCUACAUCAUGUAUUGGUGUGAAGCUCAACACUCUGUCCACAUGUUCUACAUUUCAUCAACAUACAUAAAUACAUUGGCUUCACACUGGUAGGUACACUGAAAAUAUUGUUCUGAUAGAUGUAGUCAUAUCAUAGUUUUCAAUAUCUUUAAUAUUACACACCCUAUGUACUCCAACGUGAACAGCACAACCACUACUUUGUCAGGAGAGACUACAUUGUAAAUUUUCUCUUGAGGGUUUGUAAUUUCAUACCCAUAUUUGCCAGUUUGUGGAAAGAAUAAAACUAAAAUCCAA